CGACAAUUCUGACCCCCAAGCCGCAUCACGGCUGGCUGCAUUGUCCCUUCAUGUCGUUACUACGUCGUAUUCACUUCGCCGUUUGCUUAUAAGACUCAAAAGUAACUACUUACUAUCGCUAAUGGAUCCCUCGGUCCCUCUUGGCGAAUCGCAACCUAGCCUCAGCGCUAACGAUGCUGGAUGGCCUACGCCAGCAGACGGCACCGUUGAACGUAGUGUGGGCGGUUCUGACUGGUCAAAGUAUACCCACAACCCCAGCGGUUCACGAUACCCCCUUUCUGCUGAAACCUCGUUCGAGCUUCCUGUCAACUCUGCUCUCAUCUACUUCCUAACUCGUGGUGGUGGCAACUCCGGCGACGUGCACAUCGUGAACUCGAAUAUCUCCAAAGAUAGUGUCGAUGUCCUUUUCCACGUGGACUACCACAGACAGGAAGCAUUGGAUCAUGCCAAUGUUUGCUUAUUGAAGAAAGAGCAGGAAGAUGGCCAGGGCGCCGGUAUAUUUACACCCAACAGUUGGCACCCCACUAAUAAGCUGGACGACAUGCGUUUCAAAGUCACAGUGACUUUUCCGGCCACGUCGGACGGCAAACCUUUGAGUGUGAAGGAUUUUGAAAGCACUUCUUCUUACUACUCCUACCAAAUUGGCAAUCUCCUGGGACCAAUUUACUUCAGUACCUUCAACAUACAUGCCGAUUCCGCGGGAAUCACCUCGGGAUCCAUCUUUGCAGGUGCUGGCACGUUCAAGGCCUCUAAAGCGGCUAUCACAGGCGCAUUCAAUGUGUCCUCGUCGCUAGAGCUCACAACCACUGACGCCAAGAUCACUGCUCAAGUGGGCCUUCAGAACGAUGUGGCUUCUUAUCUGACUGGAGUUCAAACAAGUGACAGUGUAUUAAAUGAGAUAUCCCCCAGCUCUAAUGCCGCCACUGGCGGCAACUUCACAGUCUCCGCCACCACUGUCAAGGCACCCAUCAACCUUACUUAUACAAACUCCCCCGUCAACUCUAUCCAAAACCUCGUUGUAUCUACCGUGUAUGAACCCAUAACGGUAUCGUUGAACAGUGCAUACGAAGGCGCUUUCAAACUCGACUCCUCUUACUCCCAUCUCACUGUUAAUAAAAGUGGUGCAACAGAUCCAUCGGGACAAGGACGAGAGCGUGUUCUGGAGAAAGACUCAAACAGCUCAGACCAUGUGACAGGCACAGUGUAUUGGGAUCCUAGCGGACCUGGCGCGCCUCAAAGCAAUGUUUAA